UAGGCUUUCUGCAGGAAGCUCUAUUCUAAAGCUGCAUUUCCUGUCUGGCAGCAACUCGUCGAAUUGUCUGUUUCUGCUCCGUUCCCUGACAUCCAGAAACGUCAUUGUGCCUUCGCCAUAUCAUAUAUUGUUCACGACGAGGGCCAUUUCUUCUUCUAAGUUUCAUUCUUCUCUUGACUCGGCAUCCAUUCUCUCUCUAGAAAUCUGCGCUUCCACCCUGCGGAGGUUCUAACGAGGAUGGAGUCGUUCUUCCGAGACCGGGUGUAUGCCAUUUCGGGCGGUGCCAGUGGAAUAGGUCUGGCGACUGCCAAACUCUUGCUGAAAUAUGGCGCCAGAGUCUCCGUGGGGGACAUCAAUGUCCCCGAUAGUCUCCUUGCGGACCUCGCGAGGGAGAUCCCCCACACGGGGACCGCCGAAGCCCAGGCAGAAGAAGCACCCGAGAAGAAGUCUAUUCUUCUACGAAAGGUCGACGUGCGGUCUCGCGACGACGUCGAGUCGUGGAUCACCGAGACGGUGGAGCGGUUCGGGAGGCUGGACGGGGCGGCGAACCUCGCGGGCACGAUUCCCAAGGACCACAACAUCGGCGGGAUUGAAGACGUCGACGACGAGCAGUGGCAUUUUGUCUUCGACGUCAACGUGCACGGCAUGAUGAACUGUAUGCGGGCGCAGCUGAAAUUUAUCGGCAAAGACGGACGACAUGGAGGGGGAGCCGUCGUCAACGCGGGCAGUGGGCUGAGUCUUCAAGGGCGGGAGUAUACGACGGCAUACACGGCGAGUAAACACGCAGUGUUGGGCAUGACGAGGUGUGUGGCCAAGGAGGUGGGCAAGAGAGGAGUUCGGGUCAACUGUGUCGCGCCGGGCUUCACAGACACGCCGCUGAUGAAGCAAUCCAUGGCGAUAUCCGAGGGUUCGGAGUCAGCAGAGGAUUUCUCGUCCACCGCUCUCGGCAGGAUGGCACAGCCGGUCGAGAUCGCGGACACGAUCGUCUACCUGUUGAGUGACAAGGCGAGUUUCGUGACGGGAGCCUGUAUUUCGGUCGACGGAGGUUGGUUUUGUUGAUACGUCAGAGAAGGUGAAGGAGAUCUUCCUUUUUCCCGCGCUCGUUACUUCCGUAGCUGCAAAGGGGUGAUGAGGGACGUUACAGCAGCCUGAAAGCCAAGUCGCGUUCUGUAUGUUCGAGACGGCACAGAUUUAAUGACAUAUGUAUGUACACACAUUCUGCGGAAAAUAGGUGGCCUCU